AUGGCGCGGCUGUCACAUCAGCAACGCUGCCCUGCUGUGCAGAGGAAAGGUCUGGGCACUGCCGUGUGCCAGCCUGGAGACAGCUAUGAGAAACAGGUGCGGCUGCAUCCUGGGAGCCCCCAGCCAGGGGCGGGAGGACGGCGGCCCCCUCCCCAGGAGAGCCUGCGGGCCUAUGCUGCCAACGUCUAUACCACGGUGGUGGAGCAGCUGAUGCUCCAGAAGCAGCGCAGGUUCAUCGCGGUGGAGCAGGAGUACUUCCGGCUGUGGUGGGAUGGCAUCGCCUCCUACAGGCAGAAACGCCAGGUCCGCCAUCUCCUGGCCACGAGACGCCUGGAGUUUGUCAUCGGGGGCCAGGUCAUGCAUGAUGAGACCGUGGCCCACUUUGAUGACCAGAUCCUACAGCUCACAGAAGGACACGGCUUCCUGUACGAAACCUUUGGGAUCCGGCCAAGGGAAGGCUUUAACUGGGACGGCACUGCUGUCUUCCCAGAGCCACCCCCAAAUAGGAUAUACCCAAACAUGAUGGAGCCUGUCACUCAGAACGUCAGAGACUAUAUCGUGGCCCUAGUGAAAAAUGUGAAGGAGCGAGCCACCUGGUUCCGGACACUGCACCUCCUCUGGCCCUGGGUAAGCCCCGCAAUCACGGGGGUCACGCUGUGGCCCAGCCUGCAGGGCUGUGACAAGCAGUUCUUCAACGCGUCGCUGCAGUUCUCCAACACGGACCCGCUGCUGGACUUCAUCAACAGUAACUCGUCCAAGCUCGGCAUCUCCGUGGAGUACGCCACGCUGGCCGACUACUUCGAGGCGGUGCAGGCUCACAACGUCACAUGGUGUGUCCACACCCACGGGGACUUCCUGCCCUAUUCCUGAGAUCCAUUUCAGGCCUGGACGGGCUUCUACGCCUCCCGCAGUGGGCUCAAGGCGCUGGCGAGGCGAGCCAGUGCUCUGUUGUAUGCCGGGGAGUCCAUGUUCACACGCUACAUGUGGCCUGCCCCCCACCAGCACCUGGACCUGGCCUGGGCCCUGAAGCAGCUCCAGAGGCUCCGCUGGGCAGUCUCCGAGAAUACUCUAUCCAGCAAGGCUCUCAUUCAGAAUAGGAGAGAUAAAGAGCUUCCAAGAGGGAGUAACUGCACAGUGCGGGUGACCCAGGAGUUCAUGGAAUACCAUGUCAACAAUCAUAGUUUGAAGGACAGCAUUUCUAAUAACUACAUAUUUACACCCACCCAGUCAGCACAGCGCCCAUGGAACAGUGUGGGAAGGCAGAUUGUGGCGGGAAAGCUCAUGACUGAGAUCCGGCAAUAUUUCUACAGCAAGGUGGGGGACAGGAAUCACACAUAUGCCAUCUACUCCCGGCUCGCCCACGUGCCCCUGGCCCAGGGAGCGGAGCUGCUGUGCCGGCGCAUCGAGCAGGAGUACCGGGUGGGCCCCUUGGAGCUGAACCGUGAGGCCAUCCUGAGGACCAGCACCAGUCUCCACAACCAGCAGGUCCUCCACUCAGACAACAACGGCUACCAGAUGCAGCGGAGAGUCUUCCAGAAAUACUCGAGCAAUGGCAUCGCCCUGAAUUACUACCCCAUGGCUCAGUCCGCCUUCAUUGAGGACGGCAGAAGCAGGCUGGUGCUGCUGUCCAAGCAGGCACACGGCGUGUCCAGCCAAGAGAACGGGCAGGUGGAGGUCAUGCUCCAUCGCCGGCUUUGGAACAAUUUUGAUUGGGCUCUGGAUUAUGAUCUCACCCUGAAUGACACCUCCACUGUCUACCCUGUGCUCUGGCUCCUGCUGGGACCCCAGUCUCUCACCACCCGCCUGCGUCAGAGGUGUGGGCUAGCGCUGCAGCGUGCACCCGUAGUGCUAUUAAGAGAGCUGAAUGAGUCUGCCCAGAUUUUUCCAGGCCCCCAGCAGCAGCAAGAAGCCGUGACCCUGCCCCCAAGUCUUCACCUGCAGAUCCUGAGCAUCCCGGGCUGGAACUACAGCUCCAACCACACGGAGCACCUGCAGGAUCUCCAGAAACGCCAUCGAGGGAAGGCCAAGGCUGACCUUCGCCGUGUCCUGCUGCGGCUCCACCACCUGUAUGAGGAAGGCAAGGACCCAGUCCUGUCUCAGCCAGUGAGGGUCAAUCUGCAGAUAAGUGCCCUCAGAUCCCUGGGACAGGCCUCCUGGCUGUGGCCUGAAGGCCCAGCAGGGAGACAAGCCCAAGGUGAAAAUCCCCUCUGGCAAAGAUGUGGGCAAAGAGAUGGCUGUGGGAGCUCUGGCUCAACCUGGAGUGGGUGCUGUUGGGGGCGCAGGGGCACCUCACCCCCUCUUCCUUCAUUCUUGUUGUUUCUCCUUCCUCUGCUCCCUUGCUGAGUCACAUUGUCCUGCUGCCGGCCUUCGUCAGCGUGCUGACUCUUUGCUUCUGCUUGUCCCUGUGGUCACCCACCUCAUGGACCUCCCAAGCAGAUAUAUUGGCAGAAGCUGGAAAGGGGCUGGGGUCCGUGGGGCAGUGGAGGAGCGUUCACUGACAGGACCUGGGAUGUGAACACACUCCACUGCUGGAGCUGGAAGAGACAAGAGCCUCCCCACCACAGAGGCAGCCCCAGCUCUCACUCAACACCCCUGCAAGGCACCAAGGUCACCAUCUACCCGAAGGAAAUCCGGACAUUCUUCGUUCACUUUCAUAGCAGUAAGCCCAGGGCAGGCUCUGAGGCCCCAGGGACCCCAAGAAAAGGAAGAUGACCUAAGACAUAGAAAAGCAGCAUGGAGGGAUGGGGGAUGAACAGCUGCCCACCUGAUAGGCUAAUAUAGAAAAUGGUCAGGUUGGGAGGUUUGUUGUGCUUUAAAUAAAAAUUGCAUUAUACAAACCCACACUGUCUCCUCAGGCGCUAGAGCUGGCCUCACCCAACCUGGGUGAUAUCUGUGCAUACAUCCACACUCCCCAUGCAUGUGCAGGAGUCUUCAGAAAGCUCCCAUAAGGCAGUGAAAUACCCAGCAAGAAAGCAAAGGCACCUGCCACACAGGCCCCAUCCCCUCUCACCCAGGCCACCAGUGUUACUUGUGGGCCUAAUUUGUGCCUCCUGAUGGGGUGUAGGGAAGGGUACUUCAAGGUCAGGGGGCCUUCAGAGCCCCUGGGUGUUAUGGGAGCCUGGUGUACAUUCAGAAUGGCUAUGGAAAGGUUACCCCCAGGCCAGGGCAGGAGUCAUAGAAAGAGCAGGCUGACCUGAGUCCUGAGCCCCAACAGGCUGGAUGCUGAGAGCAGGUGGCAGGAUCUGCUGAAUAUUUCUUUCUUUUCUCACUUCAUGGCUGCUGGGCGGCCCUCCAUGGACUGUGUCAGAAAUGAUGCAGGUGGCUGCACUGAUAUAUCAGGCUGGAGGGACCUAAGAUGGGACCCAGUGGAGGCCAUAGCCACACACAGGAUGGUGUAUCCACUAUAGCCUUCUAAGGAGCUGCAGAUCUUGAAGAACCUGAAGGAAAGCUGAAAAGAG